AAUGAGCCUUUCUCCAAGGUCAGGCAAAUGAACAUUACAGACUUUCAGUGUACGAUUUUAACGGUCGCCUGGCAUGCAUGGGAGGACAUACAAAAUGAUUUGGAAAACACUCGCAUUGCUGGGUUUCACAGUUCUCCUACAGUGGAAACCAACCUACGGUGAAUUGUUGGAUUGCACUCCGUCAAUGGCCAAUAGAUCAGUUUGGUUGUCAAGUUUCGGUACCUCCAAAAACAUUUCAAAUCCGACAUCAUUUUCCUCAAACGAGUCAGUAUUCUGUUCGUGGAAAGUUUACGUUGACAGGGGAUUCCGCAUUAGAAUUCAUUUCAAUUCUUUUGAUGUGAAAAACAGUUCAAACUGUUCUCAAGCUGUCGUGGAAGUAGCAGAAAAACAAGGAGUUGUCGACACAGUGCUGGGUCGGUAUUGCGGUUCGAUAUUGCCCAAUGACGUGGUCUCCACUUUCAGCUUUGUUACAGUCAUAUACACCGCAUCCACCGGGUUUACACAAACGCAUCCGGGAUUUCAUGCCUCUUUAUCACUGGCACCAGCAGAUAGAUGCAGCCCUUAUCAUACCCUGGAAGCAAACAAGAAUAUCGUCUUGAGCGGCACCAGUGGCACGAUUAACAGUCCGUUAUUACCAACUCAUAAUCUGGAGUGUCGCUGGACUAUCGCAGUGCCCAGCGGUCACCGCAUUAAGCUUAGCUUUAGCGUUUUUCACCUUGGAGCAAUUGAAGCACAGGCGGACUGUGAGAAAGUGGACCACAUUAAGGUGCGAGAUGGCAACAACGUAAAUGACCCUAAUUUUGGGACAUUUUGUGGUAAUGUGGCUCCUUCACCUAUAUACUCCGUAGGGCCUAAGAUUGAGAUAACGUUUGUAUCGAACGAAGACAGAAUUUUACAGGGAUUCUCCGCCAGGUUUGAGUCAAUAUCGGAAGGUGUAUGCACUCCUGGAAACAGAAUCGUUCAACUUAAUCUGACCCACAAUUCAACGGGUCGAUUGUCGUCGCCGGACUACCCGCUCCAAUACCCCUCGGUCAGUGCGUGUUAUUGGCGACUGCUGGCGCCUAAUGGUUUCCAAAUAAAGCUUCAUUUUACAACAUUAAACAUUAAAGGAGAUUGCAAGGAUGACAUGAAUGAAGGAGACUGGGUGCGAGUGGAUGAUUAUUUCGUCACCGAGUUUGGUCGAGUUUCUUCCUUUUGGGGCAAAUUCUGCAGGGGAGCUAGACCACCAUUAAUUUAUUCAACGAAAAAUGAACUUCAAGUGUUUUUCACUUCUAAUUACACUAGCAACAGAGAUUUCAAGAGUGACCAACAAGCGGAUUCAAAUGAGGGAUUUUAUGCAACGUAUAAGGUUACUCCACAACAAGGUUAUACAAGCCGGUGUCAAACUGAUGUCAGCCCAGGAAAACCCAUCAAAGUGAAAGGCAAUGCGGGUUCGUUAGUGAGUCCCGGAUAUCCAAAUUCUUACCCAAUCAUCACUUGUACCUGGAGUAUAGUCGUUCCAAAUGGUUACAUUGUAGAAAUGAAUAUCAAGGAUUUUGAAAUGAACUGUGCUGGAGGCAGUGAACUACAAGUGGGCAAGGAUCACUUUUGCGGUUCAAAGAAACCUUCCGGCCUUUUGACAUCUGAGUCCGACUUGGAAAUAAAGAUGAUCUCUAAGGUGGCGCAAAAUAACCGCGGUUUUCAUGCGACGUUUUCAAUGACGAAGAAAGAAGUCGACGUGGCGUCCAUUGUUCCUUGGAUAGUUAUUCCAGUUGUGGUGCUGGCGAUAUGUGUGACUAUGAUUGUCACGUGGAGAAGACAGAAAGCAGCAGGGCGUGGCCGCCGAGGAUCGUCAUUCAAAAGUAGUAUAAUUAACCGGAUGAGAACCCAAUCGACUGUUAGCCAAAGCAGUCACAUCUAAAAGGAAACGAGAUAAGAGUAUUUUUGUCAUAGAGUUCUACAUAUUUGAAAUGACUCAAACCAUGCAAGACGGCCAUACGAUGGUUAUUAAAACCAAAGAAUGCAUUAGUUAAAGGAACAUUAAGCCGGAAGGUGAUGAAAUAAACAAGAUAUAUUAUGUACCAUUUGACGAACUAAGAAACCAAUUCAUGGUAACUAUGGAAACAGUCCGAGCGUUCAUAUUGAAGCUUUCCUUUUACGAUUCUGCAGACUUAUUCAAAACCUUCGAAAUAAAUGCACGUCCUGAUUAGUCAGUGAGUAUAUCUUAUUAACCAAGCGCGAGGGCCGUAUUGGGAGAAUAAAUCGGCCGGAGACCUUGACAGUUUGGACCGAGCAGCAAGGUCGGUACAAAAAAAAAGACCGAGGGCCGAUAUUUUCCCAGUACGGUCCGUUCCAAGCUUGCUUAACAAGAGAUUUAUUACACGACUGAAAGUACCCGAAAAUCUUCAAGAGCGAUAUUGCGGGAUCAUUCGGGACAGUGCCCGGUCCAAUACUUAGAAAAUAUUGGAGCGGCAAUGGAGCUUUUUAGUUAUUGGUCCACUGAACUAACCUAUAGUCGUAUAAUAAGUGUUAAUUACUGCACCGGUAUAUAAAGCAUCAAGCCACGUAUUUCUAAAAAUGGAAAAGUGAAAUCGUCAGAAUCUAUGUAAUUAAGACCGGCUAUCCAAACCUCGUUCUCGGUUGUGAUUUUCUUUGUUUUAACUUGAUGAAUUAUUAAUAGAUUGAGAAGUAUACAUGAACCGAUUUUUUCGGAACAAAAUGUGGACAUUUUGAGGAGACUUAUAGCAUUAAAGUGUAUAAAUUUUACAGACAUUUAAUUGCACUUAUGUGUAACAUUUUGUGCAGGUUAUUUGUGUGCAUUUUACGAACAUGCAUUCUACUGUUCACUUUUUUCUGAGAUUUUAUUGAGAUUAUAUUUGAUUGGGUUAUCAACUUAGGCCUGUCUCUUUUACCCCGUGUUGAUUUUGCAGCAAAAAUGUGAAGAUUUUCCUGAGAUAGAGUUCAAUAAAAGGUAUAUAUUCUACAGACAUUGUCUGUUCUCUUCUCCAACAUUUUGUGCAUUCAAUGUAACUGUUACUAAAGCCUGGUUUUCACUAGCGACGCAAGCACAAGCGCAAGCACAAACGUAAGCAAUAGGGAUUACCCAAGUGGAAACGAAAUUCGACGCAAACAGAAGCUGCAAGCAAAAUCAUCCGAACCUUCCAAACUGUUUAGGUGCGAGGUAAUCUUUAUCCGGUAUUUCAUUGGCCAAACAUAACCACGUGUGGUAAAUAUCCUUGAACUUGUGUUGCGCCUGACCAACACCCUUGUCGUAAGACUUACCGAACUACUCAAACUGUGGAAAGGCAAGGUCUUUCCAAUUUAGUUUCAAAAAUAACCUCUUCGUUAUCCAGAAUAAAGACUAUGCAGGUCAAAAUCAAUGUCUCCUCAGUUCAUUAUAAACUCUUCUAAGUCGAAAACAACCCUUAUUAUAAUUGUCAAGUUACAAUUACCUAGACCAACGCUCUUUUCGUUAACCUUACCAAGCCGUUGUAACUCUAAGUAGUAUUAGUGUAAGUAUUGUUUGUAAGUAAGUAGGCAAGCAGGGAAACUGUACCACUGAGGUAAACUGUACCACUGAAAGUUUAGUAUAGUUUAGGAGAGUAAAAAAAGUAGUGCGAGUAUUAAUAUUGCAAUUGGCGUAAGUAAUCGUAUUAUUAGUGUUUUAAG